AGUACAUGAAGUUACAGGAGCUAAAGAUGCCUGGAAUCUAUGUGAUCCCUUCAGAAAAGAACCGAUACUUGUGGUGUGGGAUCAUAUUUGUCAGGCAAGGGUAUUAUCAAGGUGGCAUUUUCCGAUUUGUUAUCUCCAUCCCAGAGAGUUUCCCCAACUGUGAUACUCCCAAGAUCAUAUUCCACCCUUCAGUAUUCCACCCACAAGUGAAUGCAUCAACAGGUGAAUUAGACACAUGCCCUGUUUUCCCAAAGUGGAAGAACACUAAUCAUAUUUAUCAUCUGCUCCUGUAUAUGAGAAGAUGCUUCUACAGGAUCAAUGCAUCAAAUCCUGUGAAUCAGGAAGCUGCCAAUCUUUUCAAUUUACAACUGGAGGACUUCAAAGUUUGUGUUGGUGAAACUGUGCAAAGAAGCCUCAAUGGAGCCCUUUUGAGGCCCAAAGAUGAUGAUGAUGCACAUUCCAUAAUAUUUUCUGAUUUGGAUCCACACCUUCUUACACAAGUGCUUAAUGCUGUUCGAAAUCCAGUGAAAAACCUCUACAUCUGUAUCACUCAAAUAAAUAGAAUGGCUAAUGAAGAGCUUCUCCAGUGCUACAACAAAGGAUGUGGGAAGAAAUUCCAGAAGGAGGAGAAUGAUGAAAAAUCUUGCAUGUUUCAUCCUGGUGAUCCCUUCUUCCAUGAUGCAUACAAAGGUUGGAGUUGCUGCAAGAAAAAGUGCAUAGAUUUCACAGAAUUCCUGAACAUCAAAGGAUGUACAAUAUCAUUUCACAAUCCAGUAAAGCCCCCUGAGCCAGAGAAGCAAGUGGUUGACAAGUCCACCUCAAAAGAAGUCUUAAAAAAAACCACAGACUUCACAAAUUUUCUUGAACAGCAGGGUUGCAAGGAAGGUGAGCAUUGCUGGAUGAAGCAAGAUUCCUCCAAGCAGGUGCAAGCCCCACCCCGCUAUGACUGGCACCAAACAGGCACACUAGUUGUGGUUUCAGUUUAUGCCAAGAAUCCUGAUCCAGAGAAAAGUAUUUUCAAAGCAAGUCCCGUCAAGCUGGAAGUGCAAUUAACCUAUUCUGGAGGCAAAGUCUUCAACUUGGAUCUCAUUUUGCAGGGAGUCAUAGAUACGCAAGGAAGUAUUGUCACACUUUCUCCUAGCAAAGUGGAAGUGAAAAUGAAGAAGGCUCAGAUAAUGACAUGGGCAAAUCUGGGAGUCCCCAAGCAGAUCCAUAACCAAGUGGUGGAGGCAGCUCAGAAAGACCUUGCUCUGAGGGAUCCAGAAUUGGAGCCUGUGGACCUGAGUGACUUGUGGAUUGAACUAGACAUUUUCUUGAUAAACCACCAAAUAUCCAGCUGGAAG